UGGUUGCUGUUCUUCGACUUUCUUUCUUGGGGGCAAGUUUUUUUUAUCUGAAGGUCGAAUCAAGAAAAUGUCGCAAGGCUUUGCAGUUGAACUUUACUUCGACCCAGCACUAGAAAACCAGGUCUUGAAGGCUUGGAAUGUCUUAGCACGGCGUCAGAUCAGCACCCAGCUUAUUGAGAUGGAAUCUCGGCCACACAUCACCCUUCUAUCCAGUCCUCUUCUCGAUCCUCCUAAACUGGAAAGCAUCGUAAGGAACUUUGCUUCGAAGCAAGAACCUCUGGCUCUUUCUUUCUCUACCAUUGGAAGCUUCCCAAAUGGAGGCAGCGCUCUCUUUCUUGGCCCAACUCCUUCACUAGCACUGCUUCAAUUCCACUCGCAAUUGUGUGAUGCACUGAGAAAGGAAAACGUGGAAAUCAGUGAGGAAUAUAGCCCGGACUCCUGGGUCCCUUUCUGCUCGGUUGCGCAAGAAGUUCCCAAGAAUCGGAUGGCUGAGGCUUUCAGUGUUCUGCGAGAUUUGAAAUUGCCUGUUACUGGGUAUGCAAUGGAUAUCGGCUUGGUAGAGUUUUCCCCCGUUCGUGAGAUUUUCUCAUACCCUCUUGGGAGUGUACCUGAAGCUUGAGGUUGAAUACUGAAAACAUGACAGUCAAUCUACACAAAGAAUUGCUGGGAUUUGGAGAAGUGGCUUUAGCUGACACUCUUGAUUGUGGGAUUCUUUUUCAACUUUGGUUUCUCUGAAUUACUGAAGUUUGGAUGAUGGUAAAACAAUAGACAUAAGUACAAUGUAAAAUGGCAGAGAAGUAAUAGCUUUCUUGUGGAGACUAAAUCAAUUUAAUUUUCUUAAUUUUCAUAGGUUACAACAAUUGAGCCAAAGAAAACUAUGGAUUUACGGUUGAAAAUUUCUGUCCAGGGUAGAGAUGUAGAUUCUUUUAGAUUUAAAGAGAGCUUAGUCAUUUGAAUAUCAAAUUGAUGUAACUUU